AGCUUCCUGCCAGCUCCACAAGAGCGAAUUGAACGGCGAUGGACGGAACCGCGGACGAUACGAGCGUGGCCGAGCUGCAAGAAAGGUUAGUGACGUUCAAUGGCCAGCUCGAGACCAUUGAGCUCCUCUUGACUUCUGACCCUGAGAACGAAGAGCUCUUGGGCAUCGCGAGCGACCUCAAAGAGGUCAUCAAGCUCACGACCGACAUGCUCGCGCACAAGCAGCCGCAGGACACUACGCAUGCGUCGCCAUUCCCCGUCGGCUCGAUCGUGGAAGCGCAGAUCCAGUCCGUGUGGUGCCCAGCUGUGAUUGAAGAUAUUGCUGGUGACAUUGGGGUACACAUCAUGGGCGCCAACCAGAAGCACCGCGUGACUGCCGAUGCGCUCCGAGCCAUUGAUGCCAAUGGCCUUCCGCCCGUCGAUGCAUCGGCGAUCGAAGUCGGCUUUGCUUGCCAGGCCAAGUACUACGCCGACAGCAAGUACUAUUCGGGCAAGAUCACGUCGCUCACGGAGCACGGCUGCGUCAUUCUCUUUGAAGGCUACGGCAACUCGGAGGAAGUCCCGUUUGCCUACCUGACGCCGCUGCCAGAGCCCAAGGCAACGACCAAGCCGCAAGACAAGGUCGACGACAACAAGCUGAUUCCAAUCCCGGCGCACUUGGCCAUUUUGCCGACCGACUCGGAGGCCGAGAAGGAGCGCAAGCGCAAGCGCAUCAAGGCCAUCAAGUCGCUGAACCGGCAAAAGACGAUCGAGGCCGAGCGCAACACCAAAAAGAACGACUGGGCCAAGUUUACGCAGAAGCAGGGCAAGAAGCGCGUGAUUGGCGCCAUGUCGUCGAUCAAAAAGACGAGCAUCUUUGCAUCGCCCGCGACCGUCGACGGCCGCGUCGGCGUCAUUGGCAGCGACCAAAAGAUGACGCAAUUCGACGACACGCGCAAGAAGUUCAAGCUCUACAAGGAGUAGCGUAGACCCCUUGAAUGCACUCGUGUUGGAAAUGAUA